AUGGAUUCAGAGGCGCAUGAAAAAAGAAAAAGUGAUUUGGUCCUCUCAAAUUCAAAACAAGACUUUAUGCAUCAUAAACGAGCUAUUGGAACUAGUAAACAUUAUGUGUGUGGCUACUGUGCUGCCUUCACGAACAUUGCAAUCACCUUCCCCAUUCAGAAAGUGCUCUUCAGACAACAGCUGUAUGGACUGAGAACCAGAGAUGCUAUAAGACAACUAGAGAGAGAUGGGAUCCGUAACUUGUACAGGGGAAUUCUCCCCCCACUUAUGCAGAAAACAACAACUCUUGCCCUGAUGUUUGGCCUUUACGAGGACUUCUCCAGCCUUUUGCUAAGGCAUACAAAUUCUCCUGAGAUUGUUACAAGGAGUGUAGCAGCAAUCCUUGCAGGAACUACUGAAGCCAUUCUUACGCCUUUUGAAAGAAUUCAGACUUUGCUGCAGGAUUGCAAACAUCAUGAUCGAUUCACUAAUACUUAUCAGGCUUUCAAAGUGCUUCGACCCUAUGGAUUUAGGGAGUAUUACCGUGGUUUAAUACCCAUACUGGUCCGCAAUGGACCAAGCAAUGCUUUAUUUUUUGGUCUUCGUAAGCCAAUCAAACAGUGUUUGCCAGAAGCUAAAAGCUAUAGUGCUAACUUAGUCAAUGAUUUCAUCUGUGGUGGACUGCUUGGAGCCAUGUUAGGAUUUCUGUUUUUUCCAGUGAAUGUGGUGAAGGCCCGCAUGCAGUCACAGAUUGGAGGAGAAUUUGCCUCCUUUGGAAAAAUCCUCAUGACAAUAUGGACAGAGCGUGAUGGAAAACUGACACACCUAUUCCGUGGUGCCCAUCUAAACUAUCACCGAUCUAUUCUGUCUUGGGGUAUCAUCAAUGCAACAUAUGAGCUGUUAUUAAAACUGUUCUGA